GCGGAGCUGAGUUGCUCAGUGUGUGUGUGUGUGCGAGGGAGAGGAUGGACGGUUCUGGACGGGAGUCGUCAGUGUGAAACUGGCGGGCAGGAAGAACCGCUGGAAACCAGGAACCAGCAACACCCUGACCUCAGAGCGGGGAACAAUCUCGUCGGGCUCUGACAACUUCUGGAUGGAAUUGCUGCUUUAAAGCAACAGGGAUUUCCAUGGCGGGCUGUGCAGACUUCUGCACAUCCCACACACGGGCCGGCCCGGCGGAUGAGCAAAGGUACGGGGUCCGUUCCUACCUCCACCUGUUCUACGAGGACUGCACUGGAUCGGUUCUGGAGGGCGAAGACCCAGUGGGGGCAGGGGCAGAGCGCUCGCACAGUAACUGGCGCUCUGCCCUGUGGAAGGUAGGCCUGUCAGCAGGGACCAUCCUCUUCCUCGUCGGCAUGGCAACCGUCACCACUGGAUACCUGGUACCCCCGAAGAUCGAAGGCAUUGGAGAAGAUGACUUCCUCGUGGUGGACAAGCGGGCUGUCGAGUACAAUGAGGCCCUCGAGGUCAGCAAGCUCGUCGGCGCCAUUCUGUUCAGCGUGGGUGGCACGGCGAUAGCGGCGUGCGUCCUGGUCCUGACCAUCUCCAGGCAUGUCCCCAGAGAUGAGGAGAGACAGUUUUCCCCCAUCCUGAAGGAAGGACCACAGCAAAGACAACACAAAGCGGUUGUAAAGACUGGGUCGCCAGGGAGCGCCCAUAUCCCCGUUGGCUUUACUCGGGUACAAAGUGUGCAGCCCAAGACGGGAACAUGAGGGGGCACAUCCAAACCCUUCUGUAACAGGUCAUCCCUGUAAUAGCUGAGGCCCUCUCCCAAUGACCACAUUUCCACACAGUGGCUUCAAGUUGGGCUUCUUUAUAAACGUUGGACCCCAGUGCUUUUCCCUCCACCCUGCUUUUCAUAGACCCAGAGAUACUCCAGUGCAGUGCCCAACAUUAUCAAGUCUGCUGUGGUAAUGUUACACUUUUUCUGCCUUUUUGUGCCCUUUGAUCUCUUUCACCCCACCAUUGCUUCCCUUGCCUACACCGGCCUAAGACCCAAGUUCUGCAAUCUCUGUCCUACUCUCUACCUCCUUUAAUGUGCCCCUAAAAGCCCUACCUCUUUGACUGAGCCUUCAGUCACCUGGAGUAUCAUGGGAGUCAAUUCUUUUCCCCAUCGUUCCUUACAAGGAAGAAAGGUAUUUCGGCCCAUCGAUUCUGUACUGGCUCUAAGAUAAUCCCAUUCUGCUACUAAUCUUCCCUUGAAUCUAUUCGUCCCUCAUUACAAUCAAUACCACCCCAGACUGCCCAUCAGCCAUACACUAGGGCAGGGUUCCCAACCUUUCUUAUGCAUGGACCCCUACAAAUUAACCAAGGGGUCCGUGGACCCCAGAUUGGGAACCGCUGCAAUAGGGGGAGCCUGGCCAAUUAACCUAUUAACCUACCAACAUGAUGUCUUUGGACUGUGGGAGGAAACCAGAGCACCUUGAGAAAACCCACACGGAUUGAGGGAGAACAUGCAAAUUCCACACAGACCACCCCACAGAUACCCAGAUGCAUCUGGAGAUUCAGUUCUGUCUCCAGCAGACAACUGUGUGGGGUUACCACCUUCUGUCUGCAUGCUGUCUCUUGGAGCUGACGUCAGUGUAAACAUUGUAGGUUAUUCACAGGACAUGGAUAUCACAGGGAAGGCCAGAAUUUCUUGCCCCUCCCUAAUCGCCAUCAAACUGUCUCCCACAUAUCCAUUUUGGAGCUAAUGCCUUCUCCCAAAGGCCUCAAUGAAACCAAAAAUUUAGACCAUGAGAUAUCGGACCAGUAUUCGGCUGUUCAGCCCAUCAAUUCUGCUUCACCCUGGCUGAUUUUGUUUCAACUCUAUUCUCCCACCUUCUUCCCACAACCCUUAAUUCUCUUGCCUUUUUGUUCUAUGGACACAGUUUCUGAUGGAAACACCCACUCCACAUCCAGUCUAUAAAAACAAUUUAACAAUAAUCACCAGUUUCCACUGUAGCCUUCCAAAUUCCAGAUUUACUUUACAAAAUAGAAUUUCAAUUUUCAUCUGCUGUGCUGGGAUUUGAACUCAGAUACCUGGGUCCAUUCGCCCAGCCCCAUUCACUACAAGCCAAAUAACAAGGCUACAGUGUAUUGCAUGACCUGUUCCACAAGGGCUGUGGUUAUGUCCUCCUAAGGUGCAGUGUUCUGAUCACAAUGGACUCCACCUUCAUCCCAAAACUAUUUUGUCACCACCUCAUGAGAUAUAAAGAAAGAAAAUAUGUAAAUAAACGAACCACAUCACUACCCACUGCAGGCACAGAGUGUUUGUGAGCAUUUACUGAUUCUCUUUCCACUCGCGUGUCACUUAUACUGAGGUGCAGUGAAAAACUUUGAUUGGGAUGCCAUUCCAGCUCCUUCCCCCCCUUUGGACUGCUGUUAUUCAAACAGGGGUUGAUGGGGGGGGGUGAUAUCGAUAGAGUUAAUGCAAGCAGGCUUUUUCCCUUGAUGCUGGGUGAGACUAGAACUAAAGGUCAUGGGUAAAGGGUGAAAGGUUCAAUGUUUAAGGGGAACUUGAGCACUAAUUUUUUCACUCAAAGGGUGGUGCGAGUGUUGAUUGGACUGCCAGUGGAAGUGGUGGGUGUGAUUCAGAAUCAGAAUCCGCUUUAUUAUCACCGGCAUGUGAUGGGAAAUUUGUUAACUUAGCAGCAGCAGUUCAAUGUAAUACAUAAUCUAGCAGAGAAAGAGAGAAAAAUAUAAAUUAAAUAAAACAUAGUAAUAAAUAAACAAGUAAAUCAAUUAUGUAUGUUGACUAGAUUUUAAAGAAUAUGCAAAAAACAGAAAUACUGUAUAUUAAAAAAAGUGAGGUAGUGUCCAAAGCUUCAAUGUCCAUUUAGGAAUCGGAUGGCAGAGGGGAAGAAGCUGUUCCUGAAUCACUGAGUGUGUGAAUUUAGGCUUCUGUGCCUCCUACCUGAUGGAGAAAAGGACAUGCCCUGGAUGCUGGAGGUCCUUAAUAAUGGACGCUGCCUUUCUGAGACACCGCUCCCUGAAGAUGUCCUGGGUACUUUGUAGGCUAGUACCCAAGAUGGAGCUGACUAGAUUUACAACCUUCUGCAGUUUCUUUCAGUCCUGUGCAGUAGCCCCUCCC